UUGGAACAGGUUGUCCUUAGCCCACUUCAACAGCUACCUGCAGUUACUCGGUAUCACCGGUAGGCGGCGCCGAGCGGUCGAGCGGAGGACAGGCAGUCAGUGCGGUGUUCUGACAUCCAGCGGCGGCGGCGGCGGCGGCAGCAUCAGCAGCGUUGGCGGACCGGUGGACUACUACAGUCACACCGAAUCUCUGAGCCGGUGCGGCGGAGGACUCCGGAGGGCUUCAUACCGAGCAGCCCCUUCAUUCAGGCUGAUAUUUGACAUCUACACCGCCCCUCGCCUCGCUCACAUCUGGAGCUCGCGCCUUGAUAGUGAAACUAUAACUUAUGAAUGUGACCGGCGUUAGCGACUCACCGGUGGAGCAGUGCUGGGCUGCGAGAACCGGACUCUGUUGGAAGCUGGCAGGCGUAGGGGGCGGCUAGCGAGCAUGGAUAAACCGGGAAGCAGGAACAGCAGCCUGCAGAGGAAAAAGCCGCCAUGGCUCAAACUGGACAUUCCCACCAUCCGGCUGACACAUCCGGACGACACGCCCACGCUCACCCAGCCGGUGAAGAGGCUGCGCAGUGUCAGCAUGCCAGGGGAAAACCCUCAGACCUUCAUCGCUGCCUUGGAAACUUCAAACAACUACCUCAGACCUCCUCUGCAGAGAUUGCCCUCCUUCACACAGUCCAUCAAGAGGGGUACGGCGGACUGGUUCGGGGUGAGCAAAGACAGCGACAGCACCCAGCGAUGGAGGAGGAAGAGCCUGCAGCACUGCAGCCAUCUGUACGGGGGCCUGAAGCCGCAGGUGAUGAGGGAGAUGGAGCUCCACAGCCAGGACAACAUCUCCCUUGCCAGCACUGAGACCCCUCCCCCCCUCUACCUCCCACCCCACCACCCCAGUCACCACCACUAUGGCAUGCAGAGGAUCGUAGACCCCCUGGCUCGGGGUCGUGCCUUCCGCAUGGUGGAAGAGGUAGACGGCUUCAGUGUCCCGCAAACGCCCAUCACGCCCGGCACCGCCUCCCUCUGCUCCUUUUCCAGCUCCCGCUCCGCCCUCAAUCGGUUGCCACGACGACGCAAACGGGAGUCUGUCGCUGUCAUGAGUCUCAAGGCCGCGGCAGCUUUGAUGAAGGGCCGGACAUUAGUCGACAGCACCACCGAGCGAUGUCACCGGCGUAGUUUCAUGCCUCCUAGUUUCUAUGAAGACGAUACCGUGGACUUCACCGAUGAUCUGGACACUUCCUUCUUCACCAGAGAAGGCCUGCAGGAUGAGUUGUCCAGCUAUGCAGACGAAGUCUUCGAGACUCCAUCGGAGGCCGACCUCAAACAUCUGGAUGAGAGCGAGCUCACAGGCAGCGCGCUGGAUAAGAACGAACUGGAGAGGAGUCACCUCAUGCUGCCCUUAGAGAGGGGAUGGCGAAAGGCAAAAGACAUCUCUCUGGUCCAACCGAAGGUGCGUCUUAAACAGGAAGUGGUGAGCGUCAACAGCCAUCAGCAGCGGGGACAAAGGAUCGUGGUUCCUGUUAAGAAGCUGUUUGCCAGAGAGAAGAGGCCGUAUGGGCUCGGCAUUGUCGGCCGGCUCACAAACCGGACGUACCGCAAACGCAUUGACAGCUUUGUCAAAAGGCAGAUUGAGGACAUGGACGAUCACAGGCCUUUUUUCACUUACUGGAUCACAUGUGUCCAUUUGCUCAUCACCAUUCUGGCUAUCACCAUCUACGGCAUUGCCCCUUUUGGCUUUUCACAACAUGAAACUGUGGACUCUGUGUUGAGGAACAAAGGAGUUUAUGAAAACGUUAAGUUUGUGCAACAACAAAACUUCUGGGUGGGUCCAAGCUCAGAGUCGCUGAUCCACCUGGGAGCCAAGUUUUCCCCGUGUAUGCGUCAAGACCAAGAGAUCCAGAAACUGAUCCAGGAGAAGAGAGCAAGGGAGAGGGAGUCGGGCUGCUGCGUGAGGAACGACCGCUCCGGCUGCCUGCAGACUUUACAAGAGGAGUGUUCGAGCACCCUGGCAGUGUUCGUGAAGUGGCCUCAGCACCCCAGUGCUCCAUAUCUGAAUGGAACACUACGCCAACAUGGGGCAGUCUGCCAUCAGGACCCCAGAAUUUGUCUGGAGCCAGCCUCAGUUUCACCUCAUCAGUGGGCUAAUGACAUCACCAAGUGGCCAGUCUGUACACAGUACAACUCUGGGAAUCACACCAACCUCCCCCACAUUGACUGCACCAUCACAGGCCGGCCCUGCUGCAUCGGAACCAAAGGACGAUGUGAAAUAACUUCAAGAGAGUACUGUGACUUCAUGCAAGGCUACUUCCACGAGGAGGCUACCCUCUGCUCACAGGUGGCCUGCAUGGAUGACGUGUGCGGUUUGUUGCCUUUUCUCAACCCGGAUAUUCCAGACCAGUUCUCCCGACUCUGGCUGUCUCUCUUUCUUCAUGCUGGGAUCCUGCACUGCCUGGUGUCAGUGUUUUUCCAGAUGACGGUGCUGAGGGACAUAGAGAAGCUGGCUGGCUGGCUGAGGAUCUCCAUCAUCUACAUGCUCAGCGGCAUCACUGGCAAUCUGGCCUCAGCCAUCUUCCUUCCCUACAGAGCGGAGGUGGGUCCUGCAGGCAGCCAGUUCGGCAUCCUGGCCUGCCUGUUUGUGGAGCUGUUUCAGAGCUGGCCGAUCCUCGAGCGACCAUGGCGAGCUUUCGCCAAGCUGCUGGCCAUCUCUGUCUUCUUCUUCUCCUUUGGUUUUCUUCCGUGGAUUGACAACUUUGCCCACAUCUGCGGUUUUGUGUCGGGAUUCUUCCUGUCCUUCGCCUUCCUGCCAUACAUCAGCUUUGGGCAAACCGACAUGUACAGGAAGCGGGUCCAGAUCUGCGUCUUCCUGCUGGUCUUCCUCGGUCUGCUCUCCGCCCUGGCCGUCCUCUUCUACGUCUACCCCGUGACGUGCGACUGGUGCGAGUUCCUGACCUGCAUUCCGAUCACGGACAAGUUCUGCGAAAAGUACGACCUGAAUGCUCACCUCCUCUGAACAUCAGCCCACAGAGUUAAAUGCCAGCUGGACUGUGUCUGGAGGUGCACUGACGUCACCACAUCUCUAAAAUGCUGGAUGUUAAUGACGUUGAAGGUCGGAUUUUGAGCUGCAGUGCAACUUGUAAAACUUCUCAUGGAAUAAUAAGCAUUAUAUCAGGAUAAUAUGUGGAGGUUUUUUUUUUAUGGUGCAACGGACCCAUCAUGAACAAAGGUUAUGCAUGAAAGCCUUCAGGCAUUUAUUCACAAGCAUGGGAACAAAACUAUCAAUGUAAAACAGACUGAAAAGGACUAACUAUUGGUUUUAUGUCAUUGAUCUCUAGCUGGCUAAUCAAUGACCAGUCACACUGGAAGAGAGCUACAAAGACAAUUUAUUUCCUGCCAAAUUAUUUACCUCUCUUCUGUGGUGAGAAAUGGAAUUAACAGCACCGCCUAGUGGCCAAAAGGAACAAUACAACCUGACACAGCUGCAAUGGAUGAGCGGAGGAUUUCUGUUUUUGUACUUUUUUUUACUGAUGCCCAAACUGUUUUGUCCAUUUACUGGAUGUGCUUGGAUUUCAAACUCGCCAAGAAACUAUUACUAUAAAGGGUGCCUUAUUGACACACAUGAUGUCUGUUUGUGCCAUGUAUCAGUUUGUGUGAGCAGUUUCUGAUGUUUUGGGUCGUGCUCCUCAACCUCUGUAGAAACUGCAUCACACAAUCUGACAAACUAAUAUACGUAUGUGUUUACUAGUAUUUGGCGGCUUAAUUGGCACACCACACUGGAAACUUGAGUUUCCGCCACAGCCUUUAAAGCACUUAAAUCACAAAUGGAUUAUUGGUUUUUUUAUACUCACCCUGUGUUACAUCUGUAAAUAACUCAUUUGAAUUUGGUGUUUUCAUUCAAGGUGGUGGCGUUUUAGCUACCUGACAAUAAACACAACAAGAUACAGUGUUCAGGCCUUUUUUCCCAUGACUGUGCUGAUAUAGUCCAGAAAGCUAAACUC